AUGUUCCCAUCUCUGAGCCGUGCUGAUUGCCGCGGCCUUCAUUGGUCCGGUCGGAUCAUCCCCUUCACCGAAUCGCCGAAAUGGGCCACGGGUUUUCCCGGGCGUUCGGGUCCCGUGCUUGCCUCGUGGAGUCGUGGCUCGCCUGCUGCAGACCCGGUUGUCUCGCAAAAGAAGCGAAAGAGCUCGGUUCAAGUUUUGCUGCUGACCUUCCCCUACUGCGAGUUUGACCCUUCUUUCGGAAAGUGA